UGACGUUGUUAUUUACACCGGAAGUGUUCUUACUGUCGGUGAAGACUUCGCGGAGCAGCGGGCUUCAAGACCAGAAGUUCAGGAUGGCUUCACGGCUUACUCGGAUUUGGCCUUCGUUGUCUCGAAUGCGCUUUAGCCCCGUGUACGGUGCUCGUUUUGUGUCCCAAUCGACACCAUCGAGUGCUGCAGGCGCUACCGCUGUCACGGAUCUGCAGCCCUCUCAUGCCAAGGAAAGUCAUGGACACGCAGAGGUCAGCCCGUUUGAGAAGAAUCCAGAAUACCAUGGAUUCUCAACUGAUGCCACUGCAGAUGCAUGGAACAUGAGGCUGGCAUUCUUUUUCGGCAUUUCUAUUGCUAUUGUCCUGGGUGGUACCUUUCUCCACUACCUACCUGACCAUGGGAUGAGACAGUGGGCCAGGAGGGAAGCUGAGAAACAGAUCAAAAAGAGGGAAGCCGGGGGGUUGCCCAUCAUGUCUGAGAACUACUACGACCCCAGCAAGAUCGUUCUUCCAUCUGCAGGGGAAGAGUAAAUUGUACAUUUCCAGUUUCUGUGUUAGUUAAUGUGUUUAUUUGCUCUCAACUGUAAAAAUAUGACAGUAGUAUACUACUGUAAUAAAUUAAUCUGUUAUUCUCUC